AUGGAAAUCAAGUCACCGGCAGCUGGGACUUGUAGAGGUCCNGGCAAGGACAGCUCCAAGAACUGGAAGAUGACCAUUAAAUGUUUGGACACCACUCUGGGAAAACUUAUACAGGCGGAUCAUCUGAAGGCAGGAAACUACAGAGCAGGAUGGAAAAAGACCAAGAAAACCCUGUUCCCAACUGACGAUGUAACCAUAGUGUCCGAGGAAGAAGAAGAUGAGGACGAGGACGAGGACGAAGACGAGGACGAGGACGAGGACCAGGAUUCAUCAAGCAGCACAAAUAUUUCUGGAACAGAUGAAGAAGGAGAGAGAGAGGAACAGACAGUCGCCAGCCAUGACAGUGGCAGGAAGGUGUUCAAAGUCACAUGUGGACCUUUAGCGGGGGACUUACACAAAAAACGAUUUGCAACAGAGAUCUUAGGGAAGAGUAUUCGUACUGAGGCCAGAUGGAUUACCCCAAUGCAGUUCAUGCUGGAGGCAGGUCCAACAUAUUUGUCCUGGAAGAAAGACAUCGAGUGUGAAGGGAAAGCACUCGGUGAUCACAUAAAGGUAAACAUGUAA